AAAAAAUACUCACAGGAAGUAGAUAGCUAGCUAACUGCGUUAGCUUUUCCGCCGGGUUGUUUCUGUCAAGCUGCUCAUAUCUGAAAAUACAUUUUGUGUGAGCUUCUAGAUCGAAUGACAGCGACUCCGUUGACUGCAAUAGUUUUAUCUCGCUGCAUGCAGUUGAAUCGCUAAAUGGUGAGAGAGAGAGUGUGUGUCAUGGUGGUGUGAUCCUGUGUGUCUCCUCUGUGCCAUGGAGAAGCCGUGGAGGCUGUGGGGCUCGGUGGAGCGCUGUGCCCUGGCCUUGGCCUCCUGGUCCUGGGGUGCCUGUCGCAUCUCCCUCCUGGCCCUCAUCCUCACCUUCCACCUCUACGGAGGCUUUUUUCUCUUGGCUCUCAUCCUGGCCUCGGUGGCCGCCAUCCUCUACAAGUUCCAGGACGUGCUGCUCUAUUUCCCCGACCAGCCCUCCUCCUCCCGGCUCUACGUGGCCACGCCCACAGGCAUCCCCCAUGAGAACGUCUACAUCCGCACCAAGGACGGCGUGCGCCUCAACCUUAUCCUGCUCCGCUACACUGGCGGAGACAGCCUUGACAACCCCGGGGUCGCCCCCGGCAAUGCAUCUAACCCUGCCUCCAAGGCCCCGCCCACCAUCCUUUAUUUCCAUGGCAACGCGGGCAACAUCGGGCACCGGGUGCCCAACGCUCUGCUGAUGCUGGUGAACCUGAAGGCCAACGUGGUGCUGAUGGACUACCGGGGGUAUGGGAAGAGCGAAGGUGAGCCCAGUGAGGACGGCCUGUGCCUGGAUGCCCAGGCCACGCUGGACUAUGUGAUGACCCGGCCCGACCUGGACAAGACCAAGGUGAUGCUGUUCGGCCGCUCUCUGGGGGGCGCGGUGGCGGUGCGCCUGGCCUCGGCCAACCCUCAUCGGGUGGCAGCCAUCGUGGUGGAGAAUACCUUCCUCAGCAUCCCGCACAUGGCAGCCACGCUUUUCUCCUUCCUGCCCAUGAGGCUGCUGCCCCUGUGGUUCUACCGGAACCAGUUCCUGUCCUACAGACAGGUGCCGCUGUGCCGGAUGCCCUCGCUGUUCGUGUCGGGCCUAUCGGACCAGCUCAUCCCGCCUGUCAUGAUGAAGCAACUUUACGAGCUGUCGCCGGCACGGACUAAACGGCUGGCCAUCUUCUCUGAGGGCACGCAUAACGACACGUGGCAGUGCCAGGGCUACUUCGCCGCCCUGGAGCAGUUUGUCAAGGACCUGAUGAAUAGCCACACCCGUGAGGAGAGUGUCCAGUCCACAGCCAGCGUCACCAUCAUCUAAUCUAGAGAGAGGAAGAGGGUGGGUGUGGUCUAGAGAAAACCCUACAGUCCAUACUCCCUAGUCACUUGUUUAGAUCAGAUACCAUUGAAGAGGUGUAAUAAGCAAUAUGGUAAAAGCUAGGGCAAGGUGCAGCCAACCACUACCAUAUUGCUUAUACCUGUCCAGUUCUUUAUGAUCUAUUUGUGAACAAUGACUGCAGUGGGUGAACAUGUACUUGUUAUGGCCUUCUUUGAAUGAUUUACACACCAUACCAUACACAACCAUGUUCGUCCUGUCAAACACAACCACACUUUUUAAGAACACUUCAAAAAACGAAGAAGAAAAUAAACUACUGGAGGAGGUCUGCCAAAGGUGCACCUGAAUUUCGAUAAUUCAAUGACAAUGUUUAACUAACACAAUAGCAUUUCAGUAAAUCAAUAAGAAAUGUUUGACCAAUAUGAUAGUGUUUCAGUAAUUCAAUAAAAAAAGUUUGAGUUUAUUUUAAUUGUGUAAUCUACUGUUAUUUCAUGACACACUGUUUAAAGUUACAUGUGUGAGGAUUUUAUAGACCUCGUAGUAUCUUCAUAGUUUCAUAUUCGACUUUUUACCGAAAAUCCCGUUCAUAUCAGCCGAUAGAUAGUGCCAUAUGGGCUGAAUCAUAUUGGCUAUGUAUGUGGUACUGUGAAAAGGUGCAUGCACAACCUUGCAGUUUCACUUAAUGUUUCACUCCCAAACUAUUUUGUUGUUGUAAAUGGCCAGAUUAUAUUCCAAUGUUGCAUAAAUCCCAUUCUACACUGUAUAUUCUCUGACAAUAAAUGUAAACGCCGAUGUGGCUGGA